AUGACUACCUUAUCUCUUUGGCACUUGGGCUCUCACGCCUGCCGACUUUUUCUACCGACCAUCGCGGACAUCAUUGACGUCGCUGAUGCUACCUUCACUGUCCUCACGUUGAUGAAUCAUGGUUCCAGCCGCAUCACCAAAUCGAACAAGAUUCCCGACAAGAGAAGGAGAAAGAAGUCUCGCACAAUUCUCCCUGGUAAUGCCGCCGUCCAAGCCACCAAGGGGCCUGAAGUGAUCUCCGCCUUCGAGGCGUCCGAAGAAGUCACUGCGCCCCUCACCAUCAAUCCCGACAUUACAGUAUCAGUCCCUGUCGUUACCAUUCUUGAAGGUUCCUCUACGGCCGAGAAGGUCAUUGGAGUAUCCGAGGAGAAAGACAUCACUUCCAUUCAUGACACCGCCAUCGAAGGAACUCAUAACAUUGAACUCGCUGGCGCUCUCAAUGCAACCCAAGAGGCGGACACUCACCAUACUGACACUACCAACGCCACAAGCAUUCAAGAAGUCGAAACCGCGCUUCCUGUCGACGUCAUCGCCAAUGACGAUCCUACCCUUGAAGUCACCAAAACCGAAGUGGAAGAACUGCAUUCCUACCACCAUGCCCUCCCGGCGACACCUGUUCUCGAGAUCAAUCUUGCCCAGAAGAUGGUGGAUGACUUGGGCGCAUCUGCAUCCAGCUCCCAUUACAACAAGUUUGAGCGCUUUCUCGCCCCGGACAGGAUGUGGGGCGUGCCUAGUCCGGUAGAGAGGGUUAAUCGUCAGAUCAAGAGAAACACAAAGACCUUGGGUCGGCUCGAAAAGACUGCCGAGAACAUCAAGGCUUCGACUGACAAUGCGAAGGUUAUGCUUGGUUCGAAGAAGGGCAUUGAUGUCGAUGCGACCAGAGUAGACAUCCCCCACAACCCCACAGAAGUUGCAACCGACACGUGCCUUCUGUCUAAUGCGGACUCGGAUUUUUCCACGUGCAUGCGCCAGCUCUCCAUCAAGAGCAACAGCUCGGAUGAUACCCUACCAACCGCUGAAACGGAGACGGUGCACAGCGCUAUCAGCACGCCAAACACGAUCUACUCGCCCGGUGAUUCCACGGAGCAAUCAAGUCACGAUGAAAAGCUCCACCAUCCCAUCAUCCCCGAGAUCAUCAUAACGGAGCCAAGCGAAGUCUACCCCGAAAACGCAGACGACACCCAGCCGGCUCUCCAAUCCGAAGGCGACAUCCCCACCGUUGCGUCGCUGCCCCCCUUUUCCGGCCUCUACGACUACGCUGCCCUCAACUUCGCUCAAGAGGACCUCGACGACCUAUGGAUCAUGACCAUCCUCACGCGCCCCGGAUACGUCACCGAGUAUGCCAAGCUCAACUGUGGAUUUUGGUACAUCCUCGAGGACAGCAAGAACGUGCGGCUGAUGGUGGAGGACGAGUACGAGGAGUUUGUGCACUGGAUCGGCGAGGUCAACACGAUUGGUACAGCCGCCUCGCAGAACAAUGAACCGGGAAACGACAAGGCGGAAGAAUCCAAAGGCCUGGAGAUCCUAGAGGGUCCCGAAAAGAAUGAAGAUGCCGCUGAAGGGGAAGGCGAAGAUGAGGAGGAGGAGGACUGGUCAGAACUUCUCCGCUGGAAGAGACGAUACGAGCUGGGCAGAGGCUGGGGCAUCGUAGAAUCGUUCAAGCACCCAGCCUUCACCGACAGGAAGUACGCCUUGGGAAACGAUGACAGAUGGUACUUUGAGUACGAGGGAAAGUACCGCCGUCUGAUAGAGGACGAGAUGGAUCUGCUCCACCGCCGGAGGCUGGAGAUUUGCUACGGGCUAGUCGAUGUAAUUGGGGAGAAGUCGGCUACAAACAGUUGGGGGCUUACCAAUAUCACCGAGGAGGAAGAAUAA